AUGCUGGAAAUUCUGCGUACAGCUACUCAAACUUUGGACGAUUAUGCCCCCAAUGAUCCCAUCUUAAGCAAUCACGGAAAGCUCUAUAUCAUGCCUUCCGUUAAGCGUGACAUGCUCAUGCCUGAAAAUCAAUUGCCCAUGUUGGUUCUCAACAACCUCGUUGCUGUUGAAAACGAGAAAAUUAAGCGGCAAGACGAGGAGUUCAUGAACAAGCUGAUACUCAAGUUCUGCUCCCCCAACAAACCUGUCAAAAGCAUUGGAAAAUGCUUGCAAGGGGUGAUUAGAUCAUCCGUUCAGCAGCAGAGCUUAAUGAAGCUGGAAUCCGACUCAAAAAAAGGUAAAAGUGGAAGCCUCAAAGACAUAUCGUUCCAUGGCGGGGUACUGAGGCUCCCCCUCAUCGUGGUGGAUGAAGCAACUGAAUCCAUGUUUUUAAACCUAAUCGAUUUUGAGAGACUCCACGUUGGGACAGGGAAUGAGGUGACCUCGUAUAUCUUCUUCAUGGACAACAUCAUCGACAAUGUCAAGGACGUCAGCCUCCUCCAUUCCCGUGGAAUCAUCCAGAAUGCAAUCGGAAGUGACAAAGCCGUUGCCAAACUGUUCAACUCACUUUCCAAGGAUAUCACGCUGCAUCCAGAGAGCAGCCUAGACAUAGUGCAUAAUAAGGUGAAUGAUUACAGCAGGAAGAGGUGGAAUGAGUGGCGUGCCAAUCUCAUACACAUUUACUUCAGGAACCCAUGGGCCAUUCUGUCCGUCAUCGCUGCACUCUUCGUUUUUGCACUCACAAUAGCUCAGACCAUAUACACCAUUUACCCUUCCUAUACUUCAAGUGAUUCUCCUCCUCCUCCUCCUCUAAAGAAAUUCCCCUAA